GAAAAUUACUGAGUCACUGUUGAUUUCCGGUAAAAAACAACCAUAUGUUGCAAUAAUCAUUAUACGUCAACAAAAAGACAAGUAUGGCUCCAGUGGAUCCAUUUACUGCCUACAUUGCUGUAGUUGCUGUUAUAGCUGUAGCACUUGUCAUCAUAUCCGUAUUUUUGAAGACAAGGAAAAAAGACAAAAAAAAUGAACAACAAGAUCAACGGCCAGUUGCUGGUCGGCGUGGAGGUGAAAAUGUUCCACCUGGAGGGGUGCGUCGACGAGCUCCAAGACGAGGGAGGAUGCAGCAGCGAAACAAUGACUCUGAUGCUGGGAGUGAUUCAUCUGAUUUGGAUGUAGAGGGAGAAGAUGGCACAUUUAAAUUUGAAGAUGUUAGACCAUCUGGAAAGGGCAAGAAGUGGGAAGCAAAACAACAAGCCAAGGCAGAGAAGAAAGAACAGAGACUGAUGAUGGAAGAAGAGAGAGAAGAAAAGAAGAAAAGGGAACAGCUUCUUGAAAAACAGAGAAAGGAGGAAGAGGAAAGAGAAAAGGCAGAAAACAAAAUAAAGGAAGAAGAGGAGAAGAUAAGGAAGGAAGAAGAAGAAAAACGAGAGAAUGAGGAAUACCUUAAGUUGAAGGAGAGUUUUAUUGUUGAAGAUGAAGGAGAGGCUGACCUUGAGGCUGACCUCAAUUCCCAGUCACUGCUACAGGAGUUCAUAGAUCACAUCAAGACAUCAAAAGUGGUUAUGCUUGAGGAUUUGGCUUCACACUUCAAAAUCAGAACACAAGAUGCCAUUGACCGGGUUCAUGAUCUUGUGGCUGAGGGACGUCUUACCGGGGUCAUCGAUGAUAGAGGAAAAUUUAUUUACAUCACAGUAGAGGAACUACAGACAAUAGCUAAACACAUCAAACAGCAUGGCCGUGUAUCUAUUGUAGAACUGGCUGAGUCCAGUAACAGACUGAUCAAUCUCAACCCCGACACCACCUCCCUAUCCAGCUCUCAGGCCGCGGAAGUGUCAGCGUGAUAUUCUGUAAUGGUUUUGCAGAUUUUCAAUUGUGUAAAACGAUUGUUGUGAUAUGAUAUUGCUAAACGGUUCUGGUAAAGAUUAUAAUUAAAUUUCUUAUCAACUUU